GCUUUUUUUGAACCACUAGCUGCGGUGGGCUACGGGGAGUGAAGGUACUCGAGAAGAAAUAACUGAGUUGGGAUUAAAACAUUGCUAUUGGAGGGGAAUAACCCGUUAAAGAGUGGUCAUUGAUCCUGGUAAAAAGCCUGUAAAAGGAGAAACCCAAGCACUACAGCUCACUGCUUAUUUCUGUACCCCACGCCUGAUCAAGAUUUCCAUAUGUUAACAGCUUUGGGGCUUUACUGCAUUAUUUUUGUUUUCUGAUUUAUUCCAAGCGGCUUUCUUGAAGCAAAAGUACAAAGUUCUUUUGUUCCUCCCUGUGACAUCCUAAUCUAUUUUUGAGAGGAAUUAGCAGAUAGCUUUUCAAGUGGCUUGUUAUGCCAAGCUGGAAACAGCAAGGAACACGAAAACACUCUGAGGUUUAGUAGUGCUUUUACUUUUUUGAACACUUUUUUUUUUAAGUUAAAAACAAAGCAGAUAUCUGCGGCUUCACUGUCCUAGUAUAAGGAUUACUGAAUGUAACAGCCUUCACCAUGAGCACAGAAGGAUACCAGUACAGAGCCCUGUAUGAUUACAAAAAAUCGAAUGACGAAGAGAUAGAUUUGCAUGUUGGGGAUGUGCUGACUGUAACAAAAGGCACAUUUAUAGCACUCGGAUUAAGUGACAGAGAUGAAGCGAAACCUGAGGAGGUUGGAUGGCUAAAUGGAUAUAAUGAGAUGACUCGAGAAAGAGGUGACUUCCCUGGCACUUUUGUCGAGUAUAUUGGAAGAAAACGAAUUUCACCUCCAACACCAAAACCACGACCACAGAGGCCACUACCUGUGGCCCCUGGGCAGGCGAGAGUUGAGUCAGAGCCUGAACCAGUCCCUACUCUUCCUGACCUAACAGAGCAGUUCGCACCUCCUGACCCAGCGCCUCAUCUAUUGGUCAGAUUGUUGGAUGCAGUUGAAAGGAAAGGCUUGGACAAUACUACACUUUAUCAGAACUUUGGGACAUGCAACAGCGUUGAACUGCGUGCAGUUUUUGACACUGAUCCUGCUUUGUUGGAUGUCGACCAUUGUGACCUGCAUGUUCUCUGUGAUGCAGUGAAGAAGUAUUUUCAGGAUUUGCCUAGCCCUGUAAUUCCACCUGUAGUUUAUAAUGAUUUGGUCCGUGUAUUACAAGAAACACCACAGUCCGUGGACUUCACACAGCUUGUGUGGAAAGUUCUCAAAUCUCCAACCAUUCCAACUCAGAACUGGAUGACUUUUCAAUAUUUUCUCAGCCAUCUCUCAAGAAUCUGCCAGUAUUCUAACAGGAACCUUUUGACACCAAAGAGACUAGCGGAGAUCUUUAGCCCUCUACUGUUUCGAUCCCAGGCUGUACUGAGCUUUGGUGGAAAUCCCGAGUAUUUCAAUAGAGUCCUUGAAGGUUUGCUCUGCAGCGAGUGGGAUGAAAGGCAGGCAGCCCCUGCAUUGCCUCCUAAGCCACCUAAAUCCACACCACCCACUAAUAACACUGUGAAUAACAGCAUGUCUCUGCAAGAUGCUGAAUGGUACUGGGGUGAUAUUACAAGGGAAGAGGUAAAUGAAAAGCUGCGGGACACAGCAGAUGGUACUUUUCUUGUGCGAGAUGCAUCCACAAAAAUGCAUGGGGAUUACACACUUACAUUAAGGAAAGGUGGGAACAACAAGUUGAUUAAAAUAUUUCACAGAGAUGGAAAGUAUGGGUUUUCUGAUCCGCUGACCUUUAGCUCUGUGGUUGAGCUGAUCAAUCACUACCGUCAUGAGUCCCUGGCCCAGUACAACCCUAAGCUGGAUGUGAAGCUACUUUAUCCUGUCUCCAGGUUCCAGCAGGAUCAGGUAGUUAAGGAGGAUAAUGUUGAAGAGGUCGGAAAGAAACUGUAUGAAUACAACACUGAUUACAAGAAGAAAAGUCAGGAGUACGACCGACUGUAUGAAGAAUAUACCCGUACAUCUCAGGAAAUUCAGAUGAAAAGAACAGCCAUAGAAGCCUUUAACGAAACAAUUAAGAUCUUCGAGGAGCAGUGCCAGACCCAGGAGCGAUGCAGCAAAGAAUACAUUGAAAAAUUCAAACGAGAAGGAAAUGAGAAGGAAAUUCAGAGAAUCAUGAUGAAUUAUGAAAAAUUAAAGUCUCGUAUCAGUGAAAUUGUGGACAGCAAGAGCAGGCUGGAAGAAGACUUGAAAAAGCAAGCUUCGGAUUAUCGGGAAAUUGAUAAACGUAUGAAUAGCAUCAAGCCAGACCUUAUUCUUCUCAGAAAGACACGAGACCUGUACUUAACGUGGUUGACGCAGAAGGGUGUGAGGCAAAAGAAGAUCAAUGAAUGGCUUGGCAAUGAAAACACAGAUGAACAAUUCUCUAUGGCAGAUGAUGACGAGGACCUGCCUCAUCACGAUGUACGGACAUGGAAUGUAGGAAGCAUCAACAGAAGCCAAGCAGAAAAUCUAUUGCGGGGCAAGUCUACCGGAACAUUCCUUGUUCGGGAAAGCAGCAAGCAGGGAUGCUAUGCAUGCUCUGUGGUGGUGGAUGGCGAAGUAAAGCAUUGUGUAAUCAACAAAACACCAACGGGGUACGGAUUUGCAGAACCAUAUAACUUGUACGGCUCACUAAAAGAACUGGUACUACAUUAUCAACACACAUCACUUGUACAGCACAAUGACUCACUUGAUGUUACACUAGCAUACCCUGUAUACGCACAACAGAGACGAUGAAUAGCGUACCAUAUUGAUUCAGUUCAAAAAGACAUGGGCCUCUGGAAGGAGAGGGAGAAGCUCCUCAGAUUAACGCAUCAUGAAUCUGUGCCAUGGUGACAGAGUUGUCUGCUGGACAAGAGUGGAGUUUUCUUCACAUUUCAGCAAGAGCGAUGUAAUGGUUAAGCUGUGAAUGUUUGACUUCAAAUGUGCUUGCUUUUUGGAGCACAAGUUAGUAAAGGAAUGCUGAAUUUAAUCUCCUUGCACGGAGGGACACUGAGGCCUUUUUCCAAUGGUGCUUGUUUACAUUCUUCUGUUCACAGCUUUAUCAGCUAAAAUGUCAGAGGCUGUGGACCCCGGAUGCAGUUUUACAGUGUGUGUGCAGCGACGAGAAUAUCUGCUCAUGAACUUGUAUGGAUUAAAUGUUGCAGUAUUCAGUGGUUCCAUGGUCAUGAACAUACGGACUGUUUUUUAAAUUGAACUAAAUGGUAUAUGUAGUAGGAUGGCACUUUCUAGCAUGGACACUUUAAAAAGAAAAGAAAAAAAACUACAGAACUGCAGCUGCCCUAAUUAAGACCUAUACAUUGGCAGCAACAGCACAGUGCCAGAAGUUUUCUUUGCAGACCUUGUGUUUUCAUUUGUUCCUUAAGCCUGUUUUGUGGAUGUAUUGAGAAGUGAAGAAAACGGGACUGUUUUCAGAAGUACAAUAUGUAAUCCUGUUUGUACAUAAGAUAGUAGCUUGCAUUGAACAGAACACAAAAACAUGAGUACCAAAUGUAUCAUUUUUUGUUACAUUUUGUUUAAUGCUGAGUCGCUCGUGCACCGUGCUAUGCAACACUUUUUUAUUUGUACCCAUAACAUAAGCUUUAUACUUGUUUGUGUCGCCCAAAGUAUUUUUCACCACUGUGUUCCUUUUUCACAUAAAUUACUGUAUUUAAAUACAGCAUAUGUACUUGUCCAGGACUAUGGGGGUUGGGGAGAAUUUUGCAAUUAAAAAAUGACCAGUAUUCAUGCAUUUUGUUGUAAGAUACUUUGGCGUUGCACCACCUUUCACAUUACGUGAUGUUGAACUGCUUUUGUUUUCAGGCAGUGCCUGAAUGAUUUAAAAGCUGCUUGUUUAAAUAAAAGGUCUGUAAGGUGACACUAUCGGCAGAGCAGCAGAGUAUCAUUUUAAAUGUAGUGACUUAAUUGCGGAGUGCUCUUGUAAGACAUGGAGGAGGUAGUGACACCAAAGAGUUUCAAAGAGUUUAUCAAAGUCCUAGCUGAAGGGUGUUGUCAUUUAAGCCAGGAAGAAUACUUAAGUAGCAGACCUGCUGCUGCUUUUAAGAUGAAAUACAGAAUGUUUCCAGUCUUAAUGAUAUCCAAUUUUCAGUUCCCAGUAAAGUAAAAAAAAAAAAAAAAAAAAA